CCAAGAAAAAAAAAAAAAAAGUUGUGGCUGUUGGCUCCUGGGCGCGGGCCAGAGCAGCUCACAUCGCUUAUAGUCUUCUCGUUCGUCUCACUCGGCCAGACGGGUCGCCCUCUCGCUGCAUCGAACACCUGACGAAGGACGAGAUGUGCGCAUACAAGGCGCCGUCGGGCCCAGAGCGAUCGUCGAUGGAUGACGCGCAUCCACCCCUGCCCCGGCACACGCACGGCGCCCGGUUCGACGAGGGAGGCACCCAGGCUUCGGCGCACAGCCAACAAUCAGCGGUGCUCGAUGGCACCCAGUCCCUCCCCGGCACCCGGCCUGGCAGUCCGGGAGGAGGCUCAUCGCCGAGGGGCAAGGGCGACAGGGGAGCUAGGCGGCUGCAGCAUCAUCAUCAUCAUCAUCAUGCUCACCACCAGCCUCAUCCUCGUCACUCGCACAAACACCACCACCACCACCACCACCUCUACUCGCCCCGCCGUGACUCGAACCCCUUCUUCCGCUACGACUCGACGGACUCGAUCCAGGGCUUCCAGGGAUUUCCAGGCAAGCACUCGCUCUCCCACAACAACCAGUCCAUCCACGAUCUCUCGCUCCUCGACACGCUCAUCGACCGGAGAGGCGGCCAGUACGAAUGGGCGCGCUCGUCUGACGAGACCCUGGCUGACUUGGGCAAGCGCAAGAAAAACGGCUCGCAGCUCCGAAAGUACUAUGAGAACAUCAAUACCAUCCUCGAUGGGUGGAGGGAGGUCGACGAGAUCCUCGAGAGCCGCUUUCCCCAGGAGGUCAUGAGCCGCUUUGGGACAGUGGAGGAGGUGGAGCGCGUAAAGACUCGCAGUCGCCAUCGCCUCUUUUCUGGCCGGCACUCCACCGAUGUCGAUACUCACGAGGACGAGGACACGGGCUACAUGGAGGAGAGCGAGGAUGACAGCGACCUCGAGACUGGGCCGCGUGGUGGCAAGCCCCGAAAGAGGACUGACAGCUUCACGACGAGGGCCGCCAACGCAUUCAGCGGCUUUUGGUUCGGCACGAGUGUGAAGAGCAACAGAGGCGACGAGGUCAGCCCCCUCGUUAAGUCAACGUCGUCGCCCCGCACUGCCUCCCCGCCUGCCCCGUCGACAAACCGGUACGGCUCCACUGGCAACGGCAGUGCCAUCAACACCUUUUCGGGUGCCGGCCAUGGACUAAGUACCAUUGAUGACUCAGCUGAAAGAAGCCCGGCUCAGGGCGAGGCAGAGUUGGCCAAUGAAGAUGCGCCCGUCCUUGACGACAGCAGAAAGGGAAAGGCGGGCGAGGUGCGAGCGUCUACAGUCCAAGGACGGCCCGUCGCAGUCGAAAACGAGUGGAAACCAAAUGGGUCGACGGCCAAGGGCGCCAAGAGGCGCAAUCGCCGUAUUAUCGACGACAUCAGCAACUCGGACAGCGACGAUGAGCUGGAUGAAUCGAGCGCCACAGAGCAGCGUGACUCCAAGAGCGGCCGCAGCGGCGAUGCAGAGGGCUCUCUCGACCGCAAGCUGGCCAUGGAGCGUUCCGAAAGAAAGACACGCGCCCGUCACAGGGACGUCCUCAUGCCUGGCACAUCGGGUACUGUGGUGCGGGUGGACAGGAGUGCUUCCACAGGAAAGGACACGGCAAGCGACGCCGCUGAAGGGAACGAAACAGCGAAGGGCAAGCUGAGCCAUCCUGGAGGCAUCUCGGAACGUGAUCGAAUCAAGCUCCUCGAGCAUGUACCUGGUCGAGCAGAGCGUGAGGAGGGAAAGGAGAAGGGCGCCUCCUUUGCCAUCAACAUCAACCUUGCCGUCAAUGUGCUCCUUCUUGCGGGAAAGGUGGUUGCCGUCUUCUCGUCCAACUCUGUCUCCCUCAUUGCAAGUCUCGUUGACUCAGCCUUGGACCUGUUGAGUACCGUCAUCAUCUUUGGGACGACAAAGGCCGUCAACUACCGCAGCUGGGCAACCUACUUCAAAUAUCCCGUCGGCAAGAAACGCUUCGAGCCCCUCGGUGUGGUCAUCUUCAGUGUCCUCAUGGUCGCAUCCUUUUGUCAGGUCUUGGUCGAGUCUACUGAACGGCUUUGGGCCGUCAUCAAGACCGGCGGCCACGCGCCCGAGGAGGUGGUCAGACUACCUCUGCUCGGCAUCGCAUUCAUGGUGCUCACGAUUGGCAUCAAGUCGGUCAUGUGGCUCUUGUACCGCUCCAGCGAAAGCUCGGGCGUCCGCGCCGUGGCACAAGAUGCCGAGAAUGAUGUCGUGCUCAACGUCGCAUCGCUCAUCUUCCCCGUCAUUGGCUCGAAACUCGGCUGGCCAGCUCUUGAUCCGAUUGGAGGUAUUGCCCUGUCUCUGUACAUCAUUUGGGAAUGGCUCGAGACGCUGGCGGAAACGAUCACGAAGCUGUCGGGCGCCGUCGCUUCAUCUUCCGACAUCAGCCGCGCCCUGUAUCUUGUCACACGCUUCCGCUCCGUCAACAGCAUCAGCGCAUUCGAACUCUACCACUCGGGCGACAACAUGAUCGCUGAGGCAGACAUGGUGCUCCCUCAUAGCAUUCCGCUCAAGGAAGCGCACGAUUUGGGCGAAGUCAUCGUUUACUGCGCCGAGUCGCUUUCGGACAUUGAACGAGUCUAUGUGCAUCUCGACUACAAUCCAGUCGGCCAAGCCGGCCACAUUGGAGCUAGAGGAUGAUUGUUUCCUGCAGAACUACUUUAGCCUUUUGGAUACCAUUCGUUCCACAAAUGGGACACAACAUUUCAGCACAUCAAUGGCAGCUUUGCAAGUCUUCCCCCUGUG